AUGGCGGGCGGCAACUCCCUUCUCCUGGUCAAACUCCAGGUAGCGAUCAAGAAUGCAAACGGCUUAUCCAUCACCCUCAAGGAUCUGUACCGGUGUUCUACGUUGCGACGGAUGGCUACUCUCAUUGAUGACGAGAAGAAGAACCAGCCCUUCUCCGAGACAAUUGACUGGGAGGAGGAGACACGCGUACCCGGCGGCCUCGCACGCGGCCAACGGUCGCGAGAGCCCAAAACAACUGAUCUGCGCAUCGCCCUCACGGGAUCGACCGGGUUUCUGGGGGUGGAGAUUUUGAAGGCCUUGCUCGAACAGCCGACCGUCAGCAAAAUCCAUUGUCUUGCAGUAGACGCGCAGCAAGGUCAGAGUUUCCCAAAGUCCCAUAAGGAUCCACUCGCUUCCUCACCGAGCUGGCGCUCUCGAGAGGCGUUCCCCUACACUACGUUUUUUUCUAACCGGGUGACGUUACUCUCCGGCGAUGUCGCGCUCCCCCCGGGGUCAGUAUCGGCAUUCCCGCCGCCCAAGACUGGCAGCGAUGGCUUUACAGCGUCGAAAUGGGCCACGCCCAGCGAGGGUGCCUUGAAUGCGAUCCUGCGAUUUUCUGUGCUGAUGAAAGUCGUACCACAGUUUCCCAAUGUAAGAGGAUUCUUUUAUUUUGAGAAGGUGGGAGUUGGGGCGGCCAACAUCGUGAAGAAAGCUUUGCAGAGUGUCCAGGAGCGUAUGCAGGACCUUUAUGGUGGGGUAUUCGGUCGCCUUGCGCUUGCAGAGUGGGUGCAGAGGGCCCGCACUUUGGGACUCGAGUCCCUGGUAGCCAGCUACCUGGAGGCCAUGGAGUCGCGCGGCGAGGAGAUGGCGUUCCCCUUCCUAGGGAUGUCAAGCGACUAA